UUUUUUAUUUAAUCACUGGAUGAUCUCCAAUUGAAUGUGUGUGUAUAAAUAUACACGAACACGUAUAAGGAGCAUAUGCAGGGCAGGGCAAUGAUGAUCUCGAUCGUCUUCUUGAAAGUCUCGCAUCGCUUUUCCUUCUCCCCGUUUCUGUAUUUAACUUCAUAAUUUCCUCUCCACCCACCUCUCUUCUCCCCCAUUUAACACUCCAGAGAGAGAGAGAGAGAGAGAGGUCACUUUCUUUGCUCAUUUUCUCGCGCCCACUGUCAAUUCAUCCAAGAGAGAGAGAGAGAGAGAGAGAGAAGAGAUCGAUAAGAUCUGGGAAUUAUUGAUUAUAAUUUUAUGGGUUUUCGGUUUCUUGAUCUCUUUCCGUUUCUUGAAAUGGUCCCAAUCUCCAGUCGUCUCUCUGGGCACUGAAAGUGAUAAAACAACAAAGAUGGAAGUUUUUCAAACGAAGGCGAGAUCGAUCCACCCCAACCAUGUCACCCAACAAGUUGUUCAUCAUCUUCUUCUUCUCCUUCUUCUUGCCCUAAGCCUCUUCGUCAAUCAGAAGGUUGCUUGCGUAUCUGCUCUGAACUACACAAAGUACCGACACGUUAGUAGUCUAAGACUUGAGAGGAUUCAGAAGCACUUGAACAACAUCAACAAGCCUCCUGUCUUAACCAUUCAGAGUGCAGAUGGAGACAUUAUAGAUUGUGUGCAUAAGAGAAAGCAACCUGCUUUGGAUCACCCACUCCUAAAGAAUCACAGGAUUCAGAAAGGGCCGUCAAAAUGGCCGAAGAAGAAGAUGAGAGGAAAGGGGGCAGGCGACGUAGGAGGAGAUUUAUUGGGAGGUGCAUGGCAAAUAUGGCACGUGAACGGGACAAGGUGCCCAAAGGGUACGGUCCCGAUACGACGCAGCACACUUCAGGAUGUCCUGAGAGCCGAGUCUUUGUUUGACUUUGGCAAGAAGACCCGGAGAGUUGACCUCAAUCGACGGUCAGAUAUCCCCGACGUCAUCGGCAGUAAUGGACACGAGGUACAUCUGAUCUGCACUCCCGAUCUCAACAGCAUUGAAGCCGGUUGGCAGGUCAGUCCGGAGCUGUAUGGUGACAGCAGGCCCAGAUUGUUCACUUAUUGGACGAGUGAUUCAUAUCAAGCGACAGGGUGCUACAACCUUCUGUGUGCUGGGUUUAUACAAACUAAUAACAGGAUCGCCAUUGGAGCUGCCAUUUCUCCAAUCUCCACCUUCAAAGGCAACCAAUUCGACAUCACCAUCCUCAUCUGGAAGGAUCCAAAGCUUGGGAACUGGUGGCUGGGAUUCGGAGACAAUACAUUGGUGGGAUAUUGGCCGUCGGAGCUAUUCACGCGCUUAAGCGGACACGCAACGAUGGUGGAGUGGGGGGGAGAGGUCGUGAACUCACGCGCCACCGGGAGACACACCACGACGCAGAUGGGGUCUGGCCACUUCGCGGUGGAAGGCUUCGAGAAAGCAUCCUACUUCCGAAACCUUGAGACCGUCGAUCCCGACAACACGCUCGUCCCUGUCCGGAGCAUUCAGACACUGUCCGAGAACUCAAACUGUUACAACAUCCAGAGCUUCUAUAGUAAUGACUGGGGCACUUAUUUUUACUAUGGUGGACCUGGGUUUAACCCUAAGUGCACUUAAUCCGAAAAAAAAAAUCGAUUUUUAUGGAUUGCACAGUUUUUGUUCGGACACAAACAAUAUUACAGACAGAACAACAAAACCCACAGCUCCAAACA